AGGCCUAGGGGGUUGGGACCUCGGCAGCAGGUCUGCCCGGGCCAGACGCGCGAGCGCAGGCGAGCGGCUGCAGAUUGCGGUCUCUCCCAUCUCACUUCUCCGGUCCCCGGCCCUCCGACCGCGACCCGCCGCCAUGCGCUUCAGCUGCCUAGCGCUGCUCCCGGGCGUGGCGCUGCUGCUCGCCUCGAGCCGUCUCGCCGCCGCCUCCGAUGUGUUGGAACUGACGGACGAAAACUUCGAGAGUCGGGUCUCCGACACGGGCUCGGCGGGGCUCAUGCUAGUCGAGUUCUUCGCCCCCUGGUGUGGACAUUGCAAGAGGCUUGCCCCAGAGUAUGAAGCUGCAGCAACCAGAUUAAAAGGAAUAGUCCCAUUAGCAAAGGUGGAUUGCACUGCCAACACAAACACCUGUAAUAAGUAUGGAGUCAGUGGCUACCCAACUCUUAAGAUCUUUAGAGACGGUGAAGAAGCGGGUGCUUAUGAUGGGCCUAGGACUGCUGAUGGAAUUGUCAGCCACUUGAAGAAACAAGCAGGACCAGCUUCAGUUCCUCUCAGGACUGAGGAAGAAUUUAAGAAGUUCAUUAGUGAUAAAGAUGCCUCAGUGGUAGGCUUUUUCAACGAUUUAUUCAGUGAUGGGCACUCUGAGUUCCUAAAAGCAGCCAGCAACUUGAGAGAUAACUACCGAUUUGCACACACCAACAUUGAGUCUCUGGUGAAGGAGUAUGAUGAUAAUGGAGAGGGGAUCACUAUAUUUCGUCCGUUACAUCUUGCUAACAAGUUUGAAGACAAAACUGUGGCAUAUACUGAAAAGAAAAUGACCAGUGGCAAGAUCAAGAAAUUUAUUCAGGAUAGCAUUUUUGGUCUUUGUCCUCAUAUGACAGAAGAUAAUAAAGAUUUGAUACAAGGCAAGGACUUACUCACCGCUUACUAUGAUGUGGACUAUGAAAAGAAUGCUAAAGGUUCUAACUACUGGAGAAACAGGGUCAUGAUGGUGGCAAAGAAAUUCCUUGAUGCUGGACACAACCUCAACUUUGCUGUAGCUAGCCGUAAAACCUUUAGCCAUGAACUGUCUGAUUUUGGCUUAGAAAGCACUACUGGAGAGGUUCCUGUUGUGGCGAUCAGAACUGCUAAAGGAGAGAAGUUUGUCAUGCAGGAGGAGUUCUCGCGAGAUGGCAAAGCUCUUGAACAGUUCCUGCAGGAAUACUUUGAUGGCAACUUGAAGAGAUACCUGAAGUCUGAACCCAUCCCAGAGACCAACGAAGGGCCUGUCAAGGUUGUGGUAGCAGAAAAUUUUGAUGACAUAGUAAAUGAUGAAGAUAAGGACGUGCUGAUUGAAUUUUAUGCUCCUUGGUGUGGUCACUGUAAGAAUCUGGAACCCAAGUAUAAAGAGCUGGGAGAAAAACUCAGCAAAGACCCAAAUAUUGUCAUAGCCAAGAUGGAUGCCACAGCCAAUGAUGUGCCUUCUCCAUAUGAAGUCAAGGGUUUUCCUACCAUCUACUUCUCACCAGCCAACAAAAAGCUAACUCCAAAGAAGUAUGAAGGUGGCCGUGAAUUAAAUGAUUUUAUUAACUAUCUACAACGAGAAGCUACAAACCCCCCUAUAAUUCAAGAAGAAAAACCUAAGAAGAAGAAGAAGGCACAAGAGGACCUCUAAAGCAACAGCCAAAUGCACCACUUUAUAAAAGGACUCUUACACCAGAGAAGGCAAAACCAUCAGAGAGGACAGAAUGGAUAUACUCUGAAUCCUGUUAACUUUUCUCUAAACUGUUUCUUAGCUGCACUGUUUGAAAAUACAAGGACCAGUUUAUGUUUGUGGUUUGGGGGAAAAAUUAUUUGUGUUGGGAAGAAUGUUGUGGGGGUGGGGGGAAUUGAGUUGGGGGGUUAUUUUCUAAUUUUUUUUGUACAUUUGGAACAGUGACAAUAAAUGUGCCCCCUUUAUACUGUCGUUUUUUUCCCCUCGUGGAAUGGAGAGUCAGGGUCUCUGAACUGUUACUAUAGAUAAAAGUGUUUGAUCUAUGAUGUCCAAUACCUGUAGCUAAACCAGAUAUGUUAUCUCCUAUAAUCUCAACACUUGGGAGAUGCAGGCAAGAGAUCUCAAGUUCAGGAUCAUCCUUGGCUACAUAGCAGGUUUGAGGCUAGCAUGUUAAACAGGUUUGAUCUUUCAAAAACAACCAGCUAUGCUGAUUCCUGUAACUUGAGACUGAAUAGGUCCAGUUAUCAUCUUUAAAUCGUCUAAGGUUUCUUUCUGUAGCCCAAGCUGUCCUUGAACUUGUGAUGGUCCUCCCUCCCUGGCCUGGAGGUACUGAGAUUACUGCUGUUUCUAGCCUCAUUCAUGUCCUAAAGAUGAAUGCUGCUUACUAUUGCCACACAGCCAAGCUUUCUGCAUGUGCAUGCCUCCUGAGGAUGGUUCUCUGCCCAGAAAUGCCGUGUGAGUGACAGCAGUUUGGGGUUCCAUCCAAUUUUAGGAAUUAUUGAAACUGCUGGGUGCAGCUCUCCCCAAAUCUUUGGGUGUAGCCAUUUACUUCCCUCCAGUGAACAGGGAAACUGUAUCAUUGCUGGCAAGAACAGGAACCCACAGAGAUCUGUUUUCUUUUGAAUGGAUUAAAGUAUUGCCCUCCUUUUAUAGCUAAA